AGGCUGUCUCGCUCUCUGACGUUCGCGCUCGCAUUUUUUUUUUCGCGAUCGCAGUAGUCCGCGACCGAAUUUUUAAUCCGAUUCGUCCAGUCGGUGGAUCUACGAGAGUGCCGCCGCGGUGCGUGUGUGUGAUUGGAAAAAUAUGGAUUUGGCCCGCAGAAACGGAUGAGUUCGGUCCGAUUCUGAGGUGAAAAAACGAUAGCAACAGAAAGCGAUGGUUGACACGCAGCACUUUUGCCUCCGCUGGAAUAACUACCAGAGCAGCAUUACGUCCGCAUUCGAGAAUUUACGCGACGAUGAAGACUUCGUGGAUGUGACAUUGGCGUGCGAUGGAAAAAGCCUCAAAGCACACAGAGUUGUGUUGUCUGCGUGCAGCCCCUACUUUAGAGAAUUACUUAAGUCUACUCCAUGUAAGCACCCUGUGAUAGUACUGCAAGACGUUGCGUGGACCGACUUGCACGCCCUGGUGGAGUUCAUUUACCACGGCGAAGUAAACGUGCACCAGAGGUCGCUGUCCUCGUUUCUGAAAACCGCGGAGGUUCUGAGAGUGAGCGGCCUCACUCAGCAACAUGGCGACGGCAGAGAACAGUUGGCUCAAGUUCAAAGUCUGAUUCGAUCUCAGCAGCAGGCGGCGCAGCAGCAGGCUGCGGCUACGCAGCAGCCCUCCGCCCCGAUCUCGAACCACCACGCGCACCAUCAGACCUCCUACACUGAGAAACUGGUAGAGGAAGCGCUGUUUACGUCGCCGUCUUCACCGCCGCACGGAGCCACUGUCAAUCAGUUGCUGCGACGCGCUGCGAUGCAGUAUAAAAGAGAAAGACGCCACAUCUUGCUGGACCCCGAAAGCGAACAUAAAAGGGCCCGGGCGGCGGUGGCAGCAGCCGCUGAGCACAUAAUCGGCAACAACAACAAUAACGAACUCAAUCACUUGUCGCCACACGCGCAGCCACCUCAGACGCAGCCCGCCGAUUUUUCGCCCACCGCCAUGAAAAACAAUAACGCGCUCAAUUUGAACAUGAAGACGGAAAUUGCCGAAGGAAAUGGCAUAAGCAGCACAGAUCGGGAAAAUUCGCCAUGUUCGCCGUCCCCCAAUCUACAGCAUACGCGUUGCAACAAUGACAGUAACGAGAACAACGUCAAGUCGGAACCCAUGGAGCUACUUUGCAGCACGAAUCAACCGGAUGAAAACAGUAACGAUUCGGGCGAGGCGACGACAACAGACAAUGGCGCUAACAAUCUACCUCACGGGCCUCAUUCUGGCAGUUCGCUGGGUGAACACGACGACCACGACAGCCCCAUCGGGCCGUAUCUCUCGGAAAGCAAACUCUUCGCCACCGCAGCGGGUACCUUUAAUUUCAGCAUGGCGGCGCUGGCGGCCGACCCUUCCGCCCUUGGAAGCUUCAACCAAAUACACCAGGGGGGCGAGGCGCCAGCCGGGACAUCGCAAGGGGUAGCGUCCAAGAAGGUGUUCACGUGUCAGCUGUGCGGUAAGGUGCUCUGCUCGAAGGCAUCCCUCAAGCGGCACAUCGCGGACAAACACGCGGAACGCCAAGAAGAGUACCGGUGUGUCAUAUGCGAGCGCGUCUACUGCUCUAGGAACUCGCUCAUGACGCACAUCUACACGUAUCACAAGUCCCGUCCGGGGGACAUCGACAUUAAGUUCUUUUAGCCGGACCACCAUCGCAGAUCGAGACGAAACGGCGACGUUAAUGUCCCAGGCCCCGUACGCAUGCCACCCCCGACGUCGGGCGGGAUCAACGAGCCCCAGGAAUGCCCAUACUGCCGUCGCACUUUCAGCUGUUACUACAGCCUGAAGAGGCACUUUCAGGAUAAACACGAACAAUCGGAC